UGGCCUCGUCAAGCUGUGGAGUGCUCUCACGUUGCUGGGCUUCUAUCAGAACAGAAGGUGUGCCUUUCGAGUGCUGCAGACAUCUCCAUUUCUUCUUGCAUUAUCUGGGAACAGUAGAGAACUAGUGUUGGACUGAUUAUGCAGUUGCUGGUUUGGUUGUAAGAAGCAGAAGUUGUUUGAGAUGUUGCAGCUCUUCAGGCGCAGAAUUUCUGGAGGGGAUUUCCAGCGAAGAGCCUUGACAAAGCGAAUAGUUAUCAGCUCACUACUUGGAUGUCCCUUACUUCAGCAUUUACAUAUAAAAGUUGGCGACAAAGCUGAACUUACCAAAGCUUUUACACAGAAUGAUGUUGUUACUUUUUCUGAUUUAACAGGUGACACAAAUCCUUUACAUUUAAAUGAAGAUUUUGCAAAGAAGUCUAGGUUUGGGAGAACUAUUGUACAUGGAGUUUUGAUCAAUGGACUUAUUUCUGCAGUUCUAGGUACUAAAAUGCCUGGUCAAGGUUGUGUAUUUCUUUCGCAGGAGAUCCGAUUUCCGUCUCCUUUAUAUGUUGGAGAAGAAGUCUUAGCUGCAGCAGAAGUUAAACAACUGAAGAGAUCUGUUGCACACAUUGCUGUAUUGUGUACAGUCAGAGAAAGUGGAAAGACUGUUAUGGAAGGGAUGGUGAAAGUCCUGGUAGCAGAAAGUUAGAGCUUUUCAUCCUAUGCUGCCUUAUAGUAAAGGUCAGAAAUGUAUGCUUGGUUUUGAUUCUGUCUUUUUUUACAUGACGUUACUUAAUCCAGUCAGUUUGCAACAAAACCUUCGGAGUGUUUCAAAGACAACAUACAAACUGCUAGCAACUGCAUUAAGAAACUUCUGAUUUCUCAUGGAAGUCUGACAAAACUGACACAGGCAAGGCUUUGCUGUGCUACAGUGGAAAGUCUACAGUGAUGGGCUUAUAUCGCAGUUAAUUCUUUCGGGCAAAAACACUUUUGGGGAAAAUCCAGACUGGUUAAGUUCAGUUAAAACUUUUUCAUGCUUUACGGAAGAGUUAUAUUGCUAAUAAAAACCUGUGGGAGGGGACAAUGCUGUAUGUUUAACAAGCUGAAUGAACAGAGAUGGAGGAAAAGGGUAUUGAUGUACAUACUGCAGGAUUCCUUCAUGUAAUGUACAUGCCAGUUCUGGCUCAUACUGGUGCAGUGUGCUGUUUUGCAAUGCUCUAGCUAAUAAAAGCCUUUGCUAGCUCUGUAAAUAAGCAGUAGUUGGCCUUAACAUAA